AAGCAAGUUUACCAGUCACGCUUUCAAUUGGGGCGGGGAAAGGUGUAUGGAACACUCUUAAGACAAUAAUUACACAACAGAACGGAAAAAAGAAAACCGAGUUACGCGUAAAUACAGGAAAUACGAGGAAACAGUUAACCUAAUAGAGGUUGAUAAAGACGGAUAUUUGUUAUAAUCACAGAUAGCAAUAUGCGUGUGGAAAUGCAUGUGUUGGGUGCGAUGACAGUGAUCUUGGUGUUGUUUCAGAACCGCGCGUGGGGCAGGAAAGGGACCAAGAGCGUGUACGAAGACCGGACCGCCAUGAGCAGCCUCAGCCUAGUGGUGGCGAGGGAGAUCCUACAACGCAUGGAGGAGACGCCCAUGCUGGCACGCUUGGCCAGGGACUCCAUGACAAUGCAGGUGUCCGCUCUGGCUAGGGAUUCGCUCAAGCUCGGCCUUAUGGCUUAUAUGGGUUACCAGGGAGAAGACCAGUGCCUGGAGAGGACAGCCUGUGAAGCUGGCGAACUCCUGCGCACCUUCACCACGGGCGCCGCCUUCAUGUUCACUGCCCUGGACUACAUCGCCCCUUUCCCCCUGCGCCGGUACCUCAGCGUGGCUAGGGACGCAGCAGAAGGCCAUAGUUGCCUCUAUUACAGAUGUGGCGCUCGACCUCACCGGGAGUUAGGGGUAACAGAGACGAAUGAACUGGAAUAGUCUGCUACCAGAACCACCCAGUGUCUCUAAAGUGUCACCAGAACCGUCUAGCUCUUCUGCAGUGUUACCAGAACCGUCUAGCUCCUCUGCAGUCCCACAUGAACCACCCAAUGUCUCGGCACUGUUACCAGAACCGCCUAGCUCUUCUGCAGUGCUACCAAACCCACCUAGAAUCUCUCCAGAACAACCAGAACCACCCCAGUACCCUUGCUAAUUUUCCUGCCUCUUGAAACCUCUCUUCAGCACUGAACAUUAUCAACUGCUGCUGCUUCUGUUACAUCACGUGACUAUGUGCUGCAUGUGAACACUAUGUAUUUUUUUUUUAUCAAUGUUGUGUGAUAUAUAUCUUCAAGAUUUUAAACAAAUUUUACUUGUGUUUACUGUAGUUACGGGAAUAUUUUAAAUAGAUGAAGACUGAGGCUUUUUUAAGUCUUUGAUCUUGGGACUAAAUAACAUUUAAAAUGACUAAAAAUAUGAAGUUGGUCCCAUUAUAUUAGGCAUAAUCAUCGUACAAGUGCGUUACCUUCAUACCAGUGAAAAAGGGAUUUAAUAAAUUUUUAAACCAA